UGGCUAACUCUCAAAUAUGGCACAACCCCAUGGUUGACAGGUACUACCACAUUGUGGAUGGUCAGAAGGAUGUCCAGUGCAAAAAGGACGGGUCUCCUAUCCUCCAUAAAUAAAGGGCUUGGAGUGAGACAAAGUUAUGAAAGAAGUUCUCUUGAGAAGCUAAAAUAAGACGCCAUUUGAUUUCAAAGUUGAUAGGAAUGAUAGAGAUCAAAGAGAAGGAAAAUUAAGAUGUAGCAGGAAUAAGCUUAUAAUGCCAUGUUUCACGAGACUGUCUAAGAAUAAGAAUAUAGCUCGAGAUACCAAUUUACAUCAAAGCAAAUCCACUAAUUUUAGGAUUAGACCUAAUGAAAAUCGCAGCAAAAGAGAGACAAUUUUGCAGCGAUCGUUCAAAACCAAAGCUUUUGACAUCCUUGGAAGAAAAUCAAUUGAACUAAGAGCUAUUCAGAAUGCCUCCACUCUUACAGCAGAUGAUCGAAUCAUACAAAACGGGAGUAAAUCAUUUAUUUCAUCAAAGAAGGGAAUUGAAAUCAAUAAGUCUAGAGGAGCCUUAAAAAUGCCUGAACUACAGAGUGCUAGAAAGAGUAAAGGAGUUCCCUUGACAACUAUAAACUCAAAGAAAAGUUCCCUUCCCUCUCUUCACAUCAAUGAUAGUAGAGGAAGCAUAAAGGACUUCUCAAAAUUUACUUCUAAGGAUAGAAUAUCUUACUUCAAGCACAAAUUAGAACAGAUCAGUUUUGGCCUUGACAAAAUGGAGAAUAUAAGAAGCCCUAAUUCCAUUGUAAAAUAACAAGAUAACAAAGAUCUCCACCCCAUUUGCUAGAAUCAUUACCAGGGAGAACUCUUCAGAAAAGAAAGAUAAAGAGGAUACAUUCUCAGCAAGUCUUAACAGCAGAAUCAGUUUUCUAAAAGAAAAAUCUCUAGACUACCAACCAUAUCAAAGUAAGAAAACUAUCAAAUCCUUCCUCGAAAGAGACUACGAAAGGGACAAAGAAAAAGUUAUCAGUUCAAUCUCUGAAGAAGAGUCGAAUAAAACAGAGCUAAGCACUCGUGGUGACCCUCAAAAAACAGAUGGGAAUGACCCAAAAGGGGACCAAAGAUCUCCAAUAUUUCAGAAAUUAAUGACUAUUCACAGCCGAAACCUAGCUCAUAAGAAAAGAAGGGAGGCUGCUCUUAAAAUUAACCAACCUGAAGUAAUACCAGGAAGGAAAUUCAAAGUUGCCAUUAAAACCUCUACUGAAAUGUACAGAUACGACAAAUCUCUUAGAGAAAAAUAUAACCAAGAGCAAGUCCAGAAGGAAAGAGAGCAUGCAGCAUGGGAUAGGAGAAUUCUUGAACGACAGAGAAGAACUAACCUCUACCUCCAAGAACAGAAGCUAAAGAAAAUGAUGCAGAAAGAAAAAGAGCUUAAGAAGUAAACCCU